GAUCAAAGUGACUAUCAUUCGGUCACCGCUGGUCCGACGGUCGUCUUCAAAGAGCAAAAUGGUGAAGCUUACUCCCGAGCAAAUCCAGUUCUGGAAUGACAAUGGCUACAUCAAGCUGUCCGGGAUCUUCACGGAUGAGGAGCUGGAAACCCUUUCCAAGGAGUACGACCGGCUGUUCUUCUUGAAGAACAACCCUGGCAUGGAGGCGGCGCCGCUCGGAGCUGCUAUGGCGAAGGCAAAUAGCGGCGAUAAUUAUUCCGUCCACUCCAUCCACAACCUGCAGUAUCACAGCUCGAUCUUCGCCAAUGCGCUCCACAACGAGAAUCUUCUGGACGCCUUGGAAAGCGUAAUGGGCACCGAAGACAUCCUGCUUCAUCACACCAAGGCUCACUACAAGCCACCCAGAGUUGGAGCACCUUACCUUAUGCACCAGGACUACCACUACUUCCCGUUUAAGAAGCACUCCAUGGUAGCCGCCUUCAUCCACAUAGACAAGGCCGACCCCGAGAACGGAGGUCUCUGCAUCUACCCUGGCUCGCACAAGCUCGGACCUCUAGAAGAUGUAGGCGUCCUUGAGAAGGGAGACCGCAACCAUUACGUAGAUAAUAAAAAAUACCCCAUGGAGAAGGCAACGCCCGUGAUCGCCGAGCGCGGUGACGUGGUAAUCUUCUCGUACCUGACCGUGCACGGCAGCUACCGGAACGUGUCGGAGCGCCCGCGGCGCAUGUACCUCAUCCAGCUCAUGUCGGCCCACGAUGAGCCCGUGGCCAGCGUGCACAAGAGCUUGGGACAAGGCUGGGUGCUCCGAGGCAAGAACGACUACAAGAAAGCUGAUUUGGCUGAACGAUUCCUCCACUGA